AUGCACAAUCGGUGUUUGAAAUACAAAACUGACGUAAUAUUAACACAAGAAAUGUCGCAAAACUAUCCCAAAGACUCUUUGGACCGAUUCGGUGAUGACAUGUGCGAACACAUAUUGUCAUAUCUCACUCUCGAGGACCGAUUCCGGUGUGAAUGUGUGUCCAAACAGUGGCGGCGAUUGAUAUACACGACACAAACGGAUUUCAUGUGUACUUACAGUCAAACCCCGUUUAUAUAUUGCAAAUUGUUUGUGGAUUACGAGCGCAUAAUCCGUGCAUUACUUCACAAAUGCGUUAAUCUGUCGUACAUUGAGAUCAGAGAUCAAAGGUUUAACGAAAGGAUCGGUUCAAUGCUUGACAUAAUCGCCGAUUGCUUUCACAAUCCAUUGAACGAGAUAUCGUUGCCAUUGAAUGGCAGCCAAUGGGAGCCAUCGGGCGAUCAUAUGAUACAACUGUUGGACGAAAGACUCACCGAACAGAUCCCAUCGGCUAUGCGAAAGACCAGUGGAUUGCCAUUGAAUCAAUGGAUUAAACACCAGUUGAACAGACAGUACGCGAACGUCAAACUGUCCGUAAAACUA